CAUGACCCCUACCCCACGUCCACGUCCCUAAUAUCUGCGAUGCCUCGAGCUCAACAGUUGUCUGCUCUCUUCUUGUUCCAUGGUAUCCUUGUCUUUCCUACUGUUAUUUCCAUUUCCGUAACGACGUAACGACGUAACGACGUAACGAGUCCGAUCUAGCGCUUCAUUUUGGUUGCGACUGUUGAUACCCAAACCCCACGAUCUCGCCCCCUCCAACGCGACGGCUGUCAAGCUCGCACGAUUCACGUCCGGUAGUCGUGCCUUCGACAGUGUACCGCGUGCCCGUUUCAAAAACAAACAUCGACACAUAACAUACAAGCCAGCUGUCUCGCCAUCGCCGGACAUCCUGACUGUUUCCUUGGUGUUCAUGGGCACAUGAUGACCCCGAUGAAACGAUCUCUUUCUUCGCCGGUUCGAAUAAACCCAUCGUCUGAAUCCGUGUUACCUUCCCACGACCAAACCCACGACCAGACUAGCACGAGGGCUCGGUCCCCCACACCAGCGUCGUCCCACAGCCCAUCUCGCCCAAGGCGCCCGCGCUCACGUACGUUGACACCACCCGAAGAUCCAGCACAAGCUCUACCUCUACGGAACCGACAAGAUGGCUCUCGACAAAGUCGACAGUCAUCCGCCAUGAGCACCUCAAGAAAGCCUGUUGUGGCCCAAGUAGCGCCACCGAAAGCAGCACACUCGCGACACAACUCGAAUGAUCGCAUUGGUCGCCCAGUGACGCCGACCCAAUCGACCCAAGAGAAGAAAACGUCCACCCAUUAUGCGAAAUCUCUUUUACAGGAUCUUUCACAAUAUACAAAUCCUCACUUGACGCGUGACUCUGAAAACACCACGCUCGAGGAGCUCGCUCACAUCGUCCGGCUUUCCAAGUAUCAGGAGCGCAAGCGCGCGAACACCCGGACACGACUCCAGCGGAGUCUUAUAUCCACGGCUUUGAGUGCUAGACUAACAAGGUGCGGUGAGGUUGCCCAUCGGAAUCUGUUCGACACUUUCCGCAAGGACGAAAAGGACAAUUUCACGACCUUGUACAACGCGAUCCACGAUGUGCGACGGAGCUGUGACGAGCUCAGGCGAUAUGCCCUGGUCGAGCCAGACUUGGAAUCCCUUUCAUCUGCCGCUCUUGGAUCUUCAGAGAGCCUGGAAACAUCAGCUAACUCAGCAUCUGGUAACGCCGGCUUGUCGCGCUCUGCCGUGCCAUUCCUCCAGGAGGUUUCGGCCGAUACCAGGAACGUAUUCUUGGAUUUUUUGAAUAACAUUCGAACAAACCCGGAAUAUCUGGCCACCCGAUUGACGGCACUGUCAAGCUCCGAACUGCAGUCUCUGCUGAGCUACCACAAAGGAUUAGAACCCGUCGAAUCUGUCUUGCCUUACCAUGGCCGCUCUGGAGGCCGAUCGCAUGCAGCGACAGCCGCGAGGCCCAGUAGCAAUGUCGAUGUCGAGCGUCUACUUGCCUUCCAGCGACACGAUCCGUUGUCCAUUCUGAUUCACACUUGCUUUGCCAACUCGGCUGGUCCAGACAGUCUUGAGGAUCAGAGGCGCACGGAUAUCUGGGCAACCGCCUUGGCAAGGCUUAUCUCGGAACCGAAAUCAACCGGGGAGCAGUUUCUGGUGUCAGUGCUGAAUAUCUGGACCACCAUGCGGGACUGGUCUGGUAAAUCCAACAUGGAGUUUUACCUGAUGAAGAUACUCAAAGAUGGCGCGUUUCUUCUCGAACGGGCAGAGGAUCAGCACGGUACACGCUUUAACCUCGCUGACUGGGAUCAGUCUGAUCAGGUCGCCGCCAACGACUUUUACGACGCAGCAGUCCACGAUUUGUUUGAACUUGUUGAUGACGAAGAUGCCACAGGAAUUCCUGAAGGACUGCUAGAGCUUGGCAAUGCCAUCUUGAGCAAGCUCGAAAACAAGUACGUUGAGAAUUCUUCUCGAUGGCUGGUCUGGAGAUGUCUGUUUUUCGUCUUUCUGCUCGGUGUCAUAAGUUAUCCCGAGGCCUACGGCAUGCUCUCAGAGCACCACAUCACACCAUAUGCUAGGGAAAAGAUUCUCAAAAAGGUUGCUAUGAAAGCACACGAGUAUGUUUCCAUCCUAUGGACGGGCAAGCCCUCUGCUACUUGCGCGCCGGUCGAUAUUCCCGUACGGAUCAAGGCCCAUGUCGACAGCAUCAUGUCCAGGUUCCGAGGUGCGCGGUCCAAGGCUCCCACGACCAAACUCUUGCCAGCUCGUUCGAUCACAUCACUGCGAGAAACCGCAGAGGUCCAUCCCUACUUGAUCAUCAGCCCCGCCGACAUGGAAACCCUGGUGAACGCCCUCUUCCCCGAAAGGAAGCCUGUGUCAGGAGCAAGCAGCUUUCGGUCUGGCCCGGCGUCGGUUUCUGGUAUGUCUGCCAUUUCGCAACCCAUCUCAAUGGCGCAUAGCAGACAUAACACCGAGACUGCGUCCAUCAUUAGCACCAGUGCUGGGUCUGAUGUUACCGCUUCGGGAGAAGGUUUCUUUGCCGAUCCAACGGUCACCAUGGCGGCCCAGAGGUACUCGCCCCCUGUCAUGGAUACCGAAACACUGCGACGCCAAGGGAAAUAUGAGGAGGACGGGUACCGCCUUCGUCUCGGUUUGCAUGAGUUGAAGACGGCCCUGGGUGCAGAAGCAACUCGCGGAACCUGCCACCCUUGCGCCGAGAGAUGGAUGGUGCUUUUCGUGUCUUCAGACGGCAAAAGUCUCUCGACUCACAUGACAUAUGAUCCCGAUGAUGAGCACGACCAAGAUGAAGUUUCUUCAACGACCGAUACUGACGACGAUGACGACGUAGCGGAUGGCCCUCACAUGGACAAGGACUACCAUCAACUGCGGGAUUCCAUACUGAAACUGGUACAGGACUAUGAGAUACCCAGGAACCUUGAGCCCGAAACUGGACCCUUGAGCAACCGAGCGUCAGGCCUUAAGAAAUACAAGUCCAAAAAUAGGAUCAUCACCCCGGAAAGGACCAUGGCCAGCCGUAAUCCUUACAGGAACCAAGUUAAUGCAGACGUCGAAUCCUCACCUGAAGGUGUCUCGACGAAUCCAGCGCGUGGCCCACAAAGGAUGGAACCCCCCGAGGCUGUCCUCAUCACCAUGCUCAAGUCAGCGUCAGCUCAAUCCAAGUCUCAAGCUGAUUUCGUGGCGUCACACAUGUACUGGAAAACUCUGAAGCAGCUCGAACGUCUGGACGCGAGCUCUUCGCUCAGACAGAACGGAUUCACUGCUCUGAUUAACAUCUUCUCGCGCGGUCCAAGAGACUCGAUUCGCCGAUCGGCCGCUGCCAUCGAAGAAUAUGACGCAUGGUUGAUCUGGCUCAAGCAGAGUCAGGAAAGGCACGAGGGACACAUUGAUCGGAUGAUGCGACGUGUGCGGGCGAUUCGCGACAAGAUGUGGUUCGUAGCGGAUGUGCGGAACAGCCGAGAGUACACUCAUAGCAGGGACAUCUGCCAAGCGCUUAGGACCAUGGCGCAACCUCGGCGCUGGAGCUCGAUCCAGCGGACCAAAACAAACGCGCCUCGAGGUACAGCUAAUUCGUACCUCAUCCAGACAGAAUCUCAGAUCAUGGACCUCUUGGCUGCCUCCGAUGACCAAGGCGGCCCCAACAAGUUGAGCGACGACCAGUCAGAUCUGGUUCUCAAAUGGCUGCGACAGUUCGGCAUCGAGAACUUUUGCAGAGGCGAAGAACGUAUUCACCGCUUUUGUUGCGAGGUUGACAAAUGCGUGAAGAAGUUGGUUGGCGAAACACUUCGGGACGCGCCGGUGUUGUGGUCGAGCGAGCUGUACAGGAGAGACAAGGCCGCAUUCGAACGGAUGAAGGCUCGCGAGCGCGAUCACCACGCAUGGGCUGGAGACGAUUCCUCAAGCAUCAUGAGCGACGGUCCUCAGCGAUUCAGUUCCUCAAGCCGGCCAGGCUCACUGCACCGUGAUCCCAGGGCACAGUCAUCCCAUGGCGGAAGCCAACAUUCGCUGGAUGCACGGUUCGGCAUGCCAAGAUCGAGUGCACCACUCUCGGAGAUUCUUGACGGGCACGACUAUUUCGAUAAGCAUUCACCUCACAACACAAUCGACACAGCAAGCACAUUCUGGACUCCGUUCCAGCCUGCCAUGUCGCCUGGCUCGGGAAACUCGAGGGCAUAUUCACCAACGACGAGCUUGACCAACCUUUCAACCACUUUCUCUGGGUCCAACCCGUACGGCAAUGUCCCAUCUAGUUCGAGCAUGUCAAUGGGAAGACCAGGCACCUCUGCGUCUUCAAACGAAACACUUCAUCAGCAGCGCAUGGACGACGAGAAAACCCGUUUCCUCACAGAGCUUCGACAGACGUUAACCAGUCUGCUCCUAUCCGAUCUUGGGAGUCUCGUCAUCUCCAGGGGAUCCGAGACGGACGCUUGGUUCGCCAAGUUUGGGCAAUCCUGUCUCGAUCGGAAAGAGGCACUGGACAGGCGAGCACGCCAAAAAUCGGACAAGGAAAAGGAAAGAGACAAGGAGAAGGAGAGAGAAAGAGAGAAGGAGGCUGCGCAGCCUCGAAGCGCAGCUCGACCGAGGGCACUGGAGAAGAAGAAGAGUUUUGGCAACCUGCGAGGGGUAGGCGAUCAGAUAUCAGAGCGAGGUUCAGACAUCACCGAAGUGGCGGUACCUCCUGCGACGCAUUACAAAGAGCACGCUCGAUCGAACGACAAGGUUGAUCGGGACAGUUACAAAUUCCCUUUCAAGAAGGCCUAUCAACGCCUGCUGAACACUUUCAGCGUUCAUCCAAACCCACACGCAAAGCUCAAUGCGUUGAAUGAGUUGGAGAACCUGAUCUCGGCAUCUCUCUCCGCAAAGAAGUCCAAGAGGUCUCGGUGGAAUCGGUCUGAUGCAGGCUCCAGUGCGACGGAUGAAUUCGGGGUACGUUCGCAAGGUUCGCAGGCCAGCAUACCUCCAAGCGGACGAGAAGGGGCACCCCCGGGUCCUGGCGUUUCUGACGUUAUCGUCAACGAGUUGCUCGCGCUGUUUCGCGAUGCCUCCAUCCGUCCAGCUUCCCUGUUUCGCGAUUUGCAGCUGAUCGCUGCAUUUGUGCCUCCGUCAAUCAUUGACCAGCCAGAGAAAGGCACCGCAUUUUGGAACACGGGCAUGGCCGCUCUGAAGCUGAAAGGGGAGGUGUGCCGUACAAUGAUGAGCAUGGCCGACGACAUUGUUGCGGCACACGCCGUUGCUCGCAAGGCUGUUGAAGCGUCUUCAGAUGAACCACACUCGGCAACCAGCACGCCACCUCCACCUUCCACGUCAUAUUCACUCGAAGACGCUGGCAAGAUGUGGGCUAUCACUGCCAAGGAGGGCUAUUCGACGGCACAACGAGAAUUGGCCUUGUUCUAUCUCGCCAAUCCGGAAGCAGUUGAGCGUACCACGCAGCCGUUGUCUAAGCCCCGGGAGGUCUUCAAGCCCGCAGUCAUGGAGAAAUACGGACGCAAUGAGAAGGGUAGGCCCAUGGCUGGAGUGCCUGGCGCUGGCAUCGCGGGCUCCCAAGGAUCAGGGGGCCGUCUCGGUGGUUCGAUGGGCAGUGCCUUUGAGAAGUAUGGAACUGAAGAGGCUGAUCCUCGCAACGAUCCGGGAUUAAUGUGUGUUGCCGUUCACUGGAUGGAGGCAGCGGAGCAAGGCGGCGACGAACUUGCCAAGAAUUUCUUGCGGGAGAAUGAGUUUGUGGGCUUCAAGUGAUGAGCGUGCUUGGAAAGCUGGCACAUUGCAAGCGUUGCAUUAUAGAUUGUUCUUCUUUCACUAUUUGGAUCUUGAGACUCGGAGGCGCUGCGUAUCACUGGCACUAUACCAUUGGCUUGGCCAUUCCACAGCCAACCUGUGUUUUCGGAGACCUUGACAAUACUAAGUCACAUAGACUAAUAAUCGCGUCACCAGUGGGUAAGUAUGUUACUAAGUGCGCUGCACUAGAGACUCUAUGAGUCCUAAAUCUAUGUUCAGCAUCAAUAAACUUACUAGUCAGGCCGUCACAUAUUAUCAUGCGCUCUGCCAAAGCUCAAUUGAACUCUGUGCGUGUAUCCAUGAUAUGCAUAAAGUGAACACGCCGGCAGCG